AUGCGGCUGCUCCUGGUCCUGGUCCUGGUCCUGCCUCUGCUGCUGGGCCCAGUGCCCAGGUCCUCGGCUCUGAAGGUGAGGCGGCAGAGUGAGAGCUGGGGUCCCUGGGGCGGCUGGAGCCCCUGCAGCCGGACCUGCGGAGGGGGCAUCAGCUUCCGGGAGCGCCCCUGCUACUCCCACAGGAGAAGCGGGGGCGCCAGCUGCUUGGGUCCUGCCCGCAGUCAUCGCACUUGCCACAUGGAGAGCUGCUCUCCGCGCGCCCGAGACUUCCGGGCGCUGCAGUGCGCGGAGUUCGACGGCCUGGAGUUCCAGGGGAGGCGGUACACGUGGCUGCCCUACUACGGGGCCCCGAACAAGUGUGAGCUGAACUGCAUCCCCAAGGGCGAGAGCUUUUACUACAAGCACAGGGAGGCCGUGCUGGACGGGACGCCCUGCGAGCCGGGCAGGCGGGACGUCUGUGUGGAAGGCCGCUGCCGGCGGGUCGGCUGUGACCACCGCCUGGACUCGUCAGUGCAGGAGGACGUGUGUCUGAAGUGUGGGGGCGACGGCACAGCUUGCUACCCCGUCACAGGCACCUUUGACGCCAGUGACCUCCACAGAGGCGUGCACUACAAGUACCACCUGCCCCUGGGCGCCCCCCGAUCCGGCUUCAACUGGAGCCAUGGCUCCUGGAGCGACUGCAGCAGCGAGUGUGGUGGAGGUCACCAGACCCGGGCUGUGUUCUGCACCAUGGACAGCGAGGCCUACCCGGACCGCGUGUGCCAGCUCCAGCCCCGGCCCGCCGCCCGCCGCCCCUGCAACCCUCACCCUUGCCCACAGACCAAGCGCUGGAAGACGGGGCCCUGGGCGCCCUGCUCAGCCUCUUGUGGCGGCGGCUCCCAGUCCCGCUCCGUCUACUGCGCCUUGUCCGAUGGGGCUGGUGUCCUGGAGGCCGCCGACGAGGCCGAGUGUGCGGGCCUGCCCGGGAAGCCGCCUGCCACGCAGGUGUGCAACACGCAGCGCUGUGCAGCCUGGAGUGUAGAGCCUUGGGGAGAGUGCUCGGCCAGCUGUGGUCCCGGCAUCCGGCGGCGGCGAGUCACUUGCCGGGGUGAUGAGGGGUCUCUGCUCCUUGCCACGGCAUGCUCCUUGGGGGAUCAGCCCCCCGCCACUGAGUCCUGCGUGCGGGACGACUGCGGCCCUCUCAACGAGCAGGCCUGGCACGUCGGCGCCUGGGGUCUGUGCUCCAAGAGCUGCAGCUCGGGCACGAGGCGGCGCCAGGUGGUCUGUGCUCUCGGGCCACCCGGCCGCUGCGCCAGCCUGCCGCUGUCGAAGCCCGCGGACGUGGAGCCGUGCAACACACAGCCUUGUCACCUGCCCCCAGAUGUUCCCAGCGUGCACACCAGCUCCAGCGACCCCUGGCUGCCUUUGGGUCCUGAGGAGACCCUGGCCUCGGAUUCUGGAGACCAGCUGGGAGAACCCCAAGAGCGCCCCUCAGCCUUGGGUAACCCCAGAGGAGACCAGGGCCCCCACUUGCGAGCCUGGGGCCCAGCCCCCUCACGGCAGCCGUCCCUGCACCAGCAGCCUCUGUGGCCUGGCCAGAAGGCCGGUGACUGCAGACACAGCCCCCACGGGUGCUGUCCUGAUGGCCACACCGCCUCUGGUGGGCCGCAGUGGCAGGGCUGCCCCGGCGUGCCCUGUCAGCAGAGCAGGUACGGGUGCUGCCCUGACGGGGUGUCUGCAGCUCCGGGGCCCCAUCAGGCUGGCUGUAGUGACGGCGCCGGGAGGAGGCUGGGGUCGAGAGCCGUGGCUUCUGCAGUAAGUCAGGCCCAGCAAGCCCAGGCCCAGGAGAAUGAGUCCAGGGAGUGCCGGGGCUCCCGGUUCGGCUGUUGCUAUGACGGUGUGGCCCCGGCGGCUGGUCCCCUUGGGGAAGGCUGUGUGGGCCAGCCUGGCUUCGCCUAUCCGGCGGGGUGCCUGCUGCUCAGUGCCCACGGCUCCUGCACAGACUGGGCUGCCCGCUGGUACUUCAUCCCCUCUGUGGGCCGGUGUAACCGCUUCUGGUACGGCGGCUGCCACGGCAAUGCCAACAACUUCGCCUCGGAGGAGGAGUGCAUGAGCAGCUGCCGGGGGCCCGGACACGGGCCCGCCCAGCCCACACCUGGCUCUGGCCAGAGUCUCCACGGCGAUGGCAGUGGCAGCCCUGGAGGCCAGGAGGCGGCCAGCAGGCCGAGGGCUGGGGUCACCCAGAGAAAGCCCUUGUCGCCUGGGGAUGUCUGGUGGCGAGACCCGCAGCCUGGACCCGGAGCACCCCACCACACUGGGGCCUGGAGCCGGGAGCUUGGGCCCAGCACCUCCAGAUUGGGUGGCAAUGCUGGGCAGCACGGGCCACCUGCCCACAGCUCCUCUUACAGGAUUAGCUUGGCAGGUGCAGGGCCCUCCCUGGUGCAGGCCGCCCUGGGGCAGCUGGUGCAGCUCUACUGCCCGGGUGACAACCCCCUGGACUUUCGUGCUGCGUGGCUCAAAGAUGGGCAGCCCGUCUCCUCUGGCAGACACCAGCAGCAGCUUGAUGGCUCCCUGGUCAUCAGCCCCUUGUGGGCAGAGGACGCGGGCACCUACAGCUGUGGCAGCGCCAGGCCCGGCCGUGAUUCUCAGAUCCAGCUUCAUGUCACAGGGGCUGACGGGGCUGACGUGGCCGUAUCGUCUGAGGCUGAGCCGAGGCACUUCCCCCAGACCGGGGACCCCGCCCAGGGCCACGGCGCUCAGUACUCGGGCCUAGCAGGGGACACCUCCCCGCACCCAAGGCGCAUGACCAGGCUGCAUCUGGACCACAGCCAGCCUGGGGUGGUGGACGCCCAUCCAGGACAGCGGGUCCGGCUGCCCUGCCGGGCUGAGGGCUUCCCACCCCCAACUAUCGAGUGGCAGAGAGACGGGCAGUUGCUCUCUGCUCCCAGACACCAGCUGCAGCCCGAUGGCUCCCUGGUCGUCAGUCAGGUGACUGCUGAAGAUAGUGGCUUCUACGCCUGUGUUGCUUUCAACGGGCACGACAGAGACCAGCGUUGGGUCCAGCUCAGAGUUCUGGGGGAGCUGACAAUCACAGGGCUGCCCUCUACCGUGACGGUGCCAGAGGGCGACACGGCCAGGCUGCUGUGCAUGGUGGCAGGACAAAGUGUGAACGUCAGGUGGUCCAGGAACGGGCUGCCGGUCCAGGCCGACGGCCGCCGCGUUCACCAGUCCCCGGAUGGCACGCUGCUGAUCCACAACCUGCGGGCCAGGGACGAGGGCUCCUACACGUGCAGCGCCUACCGCGGGAGCCAGGCCGUCAGCCGCAGCACAGAGGUGAAGAUGACCAGGCCAGCACUGGCCACGCAGCCCAGGGACCCCCGCAGGGAGUGCACUGACCAGCCUGAGCUGGCCAACUGUGAUUUGGUCCUGCAGGCCGGCCUCUGCGGCAAUGAGUACUACUCCAGCUUCUGCUGCGCCAGCUGUUCCCGCGUCCAGCCUCCCGCCCAGCCCAUCUGGCAGCAGGGGUGAAAGCUGGCCUCAGCUCCCACAGCGCAGGGUGCUUCAUCUCCCUUUUCUGACUGACGAAGGCAGUUACCUUCUGGAGACUCUGGCUCUUUCAACUGUCCCCGUUUCCCGAGGGUCUGACCUCCGCAGAACCAGUACCUGCCCCUUCCCUAUUCCUGAGUCAGUGCCACAGGGGCUGUCGAGUUGUCAGGAGAAAUCUGAUUGGAUAAGGACAAUCUUUACAAAGUCCCUCUACAGAUCUUAUUACAUAAGAUGGGUUCACUGUUUGAAAGCAAGCUUAAGGGUGGGGAGGCAGUGGGUUCAAAGUUCAUACCUCUCUCACCCAGGGAACAGGCACAUCUGCUGUGUCAGGGACAUAUAUUCUUUGCUAGGACUUGAUCUUGUCAUCUGGGAUCAAACUAGGGCCCCUUGCUCUGGUGUGUCUCUCACCCUUCUAGCAGUGCAGCACCCAUUCCCCACCUGUGCUCACGGCCGGGGACAGCGUGUUUGUGAACGCAUGCAGUGGAGUGGAAGACAAGACUUGGUGGGGGCUGGGGUGAAAGAGCAGCAGCUGCAUCGUUGUCUGAGCACAGAACCGGAAAAGCUCCUUAACUCUCGCGGGACGCCGGGCGCCCUUCUCCUGAGGCUGACUCACACGGCCUGGCCGCAGGGUCCUCGCGGUGGAUCAAGCUGAUGGGCCUGCUCUGCACAGUGGCUAGGGGUGGGCCUCUCCUCCUCAAGUAGGAAUCUGUGAAGCAAAUGUUUGUUGCCAGAUAAAAUCAGACUACCAUUAAAUACAGCACCAGUCGGACGGGGGUGCAGGCGCGGAGGAGGGCACUGUGGUUAACUGCAGUUUCACCAGCUUCGUGUGCCUUUCUAUUUCAACUUUUAUGCAGCCUCCAGGGGACUGACAGGGCCUAGUAACAAAGGUGGCUAUCCCUGGCACAGGGAAGACAGGCAUUAUGGGGACUAACGCUCUGAAAGGGACAUUACCGACACUGGCUGGGAGAGAGACCGACUGCACCAUGGGCGAGUGAGGAUGCGUGGUCGGCUUCUCACCAAUGAGUACUUUUCUUUUCACUAAAAGAAUAUCAAGGGAUAUCCCCUUUCAUUUAGUAGGAUGAGUUUUGCACUAAAAAGUUAAAAGGUAAUUAGAAAGUAAUACUUU